UCUUGUGACACGUUAUCCCGAGAAAAGAAGACCGAACAUUUGCUGCUGAGAUAAGUAUGAAGGGGCUGCAUAAACUGACAGCAUCUGGGCUGGCCCUGCUCCUGGCAGCAUCCUUCGUCGUGUUCUCCUGGAGUGCCCCUCAGGCUCAUUUCCAAAGGAGAAACUGGACCCCUCAGGCCAUGCUCUAUUUGAAGGGUGCACAGGGACGUCGGUUCAUCCCAGAGGAGAGCCAGAGGAAGGACCUGUAUGACCGGCUGCAGCUCGAGACACGAAGCCAAAACACAAAUCCUUUAUCCCUUUCUGAAGCUGCUGCACUGCUCCUUAGUUCCUUACAGAAAGCAAAAGAAGCUGAAGAGGAGAACACUGAUCAUCCUGGCUACUUGACAGACAACCUAUCAAACUGGUGAAAUAUUUCAAAUUUCUUUAGCAUUUGUAUUGCAUCGACCUCGAAAGCAUAACUUG